UGAAAAGGUUAGGCACUUACGGAGGGACACAGUUUAUUAAUGAGUAACACAUAUGUGUUCAUUUCCAAUUUCCUGCUUUAGUUGACAUUUAUAAGAAGGGAAAGAGAGAAUAGGAACACAAGUAUUUGAACGAGACACAGGAAAAGAGAGCGAGCAAGAAUAAAGGAUUUCAUACACGUUUUUUUUUUUUUUUUUUUUUUUCAACUUCAGCUUGCAUUACUUCUGGAUAUCAGCAGAACAUCUUAAGUAGCAGACUGACAGACCCUCAAAAUGACAAUUUCUUUGAGAGAGCAGCUAAAAGAAUACUUAGCAGAACGGCGAGUUCGCAAAAACCGCCUGGUGACAAAAGAUGGCCGCUGCAACAUUGAGUAUGGCAACAUAAUGCACCGCAACCGCUUUGCCUACAUCCUGGACAUAUGGACCACCUUUGUGGAAACUCGAUGGCGGUUUGUCAUCCUGUACUUUGUGGCUUCAUUCACUCUCAGCUGGUUCAUCUUUGGUCUUGUUUGGUACUGGAUUGCCAGAGAUAAUGGCGACCUUACAUGGCAGAAUCCUCCAGACAAUCACGUACCAUGUGUAAUAAAUGUCCAAGGCCUGACCGCAGCCUUCCUCUACUCAUUAGAGACCCAGACCACCGUUGGCUACGGUUAUCGAGCCAUCACCCCACUCUGUGCUGGAGCUGUUGCACUCAUUGUAAUUCAGUGUCUUAUCGGUGCCAUCAUCAACUGCUUCUGGUGUGGAGUGAUCAUGACAAAGAUUGCCCUACCCAAAAAGAGAGCCAAGACCAUAACUUUCAGUGAGUCCGCAGUUAUCUGCCCGAAGAAGGGCACCCUCUGCCUUCAGAUUCGCGUAGCCAACCUGCGCAAGACCCUGAUGAUUGGCAGUCAAAUUUACGGCAAACUGCUUAGAACAACAGUCGCUCCUGAGGGUGAAACCGUCAUCAUGGACCAGAUCAGCAUAGACUUCAUGGUGGAUGCCGGCAAGGACAACUUGUUCUUUGUGUGCCCAUUGACCCUAUACCAUGUCAUUGAUAGAACAAGUCCAUUCUUUGACAUGGCAGUUGACACUCUGCAUCAGCAAGAGUUUGAGCUUGUGGUAUUUCUGGAUGGAGUAGCUGAGUCCACCAGUUCCUCCUGCCAGGUCAGGACUUCCUACAUCCCUCAGGAGAUCAUGUGGGGUUACGACUUCCUCCCUAUCAUCUCCCGCGGCAAAGAGGGGAAAUACCGUGUGGACUUUUCCAACUUCGCCAAAGUGGUGGCCGUGCCAACUGCUCAUUGUUCCUACUGUUACCACAACGAGCCAGGGCAUCAUCACCACUCGAUAACUGGCAUUGAUAACCAGGGUUUUGAGGUGAUUGACAUUGAAGUACCCAGUAGUACCAAAAUGUAGCACUGGUUAUUAGAAUCUAGCUGUUGGAAUGACAUGUAUCUGUAUGAUGUCACCAUCUUGCAUUACAUUAUAUCAAGUACUGGACACUGACAGACUCUUUAUACUUUAUGCUAACUGCAAAUGCAAGCAGGGGUGAGCAGACUGUAGAAAUACCACCAUAUACCCCAUAAAUGGCCAAAUGAAACUGCUGCAAAGCCAAAAUGUAUUUAAUUCUGUUUUAAAGAACAUGCAUUAAAAUGUGACUAUAUUUUCUGUCUCGGAUCACUGCCAGAAAGUGUGACAACCUAACAUGAGUUUCAUGUCUCACUUGUAAAACACACGGCUAGACCUCCAUUUAAACUUGAAGAAAAACAAUAUUCCUGUCCCUUUGUCCCCACAAUAUUAGAAAGAUAAAAGUGUGAAUUGUCAUUGAUUUGAAGGUGAAAGUAGGGCUUUGUGACAUGGUCAUUGCCUUGGGAGUGGGAAUAUUAACUGGAGGUUUAUUAAUAUGAGGGUGGUUUGUAUUAUCUGAAGUUAUAAAUUCAAAUACUAAUGUGCCAGUAAAAGUCUGUACUUCUGCAAAUGUUUAAUGCUCUGAAUCAAAUGGGAAUGGUGUAUUUUUUUUUUUUUUUUUUUUUUUUUUUUUAUAAAUGAGUAGAUAUAGUUACAAUUUUAAUAUUGGAUGUGUAAAUAUAAUUUUUACUUUUUAAAUAUUAUUAUUAUUUUAUAAAUAAAAAUAAAGUAAAGAAUUGGAUUUGUUGGUUUCAUUUGUAUGUCAUGAUACAAUCUUUAUGGAAAAAGCUUGUCAAUUAUUGACCUACUGAAUUUUCCUGCAGUUACUGUUCAAAAUGACCACAUGAGGGCGCACAAGACAAAGCUAUACAAUAGCUGUCCAUGUCUGCUUGCUACAUGAUACACUCUUAGCUUGACUAAAUGUUUCAUGAUUGUUUCAUAGAAAUGUCUCAUCAUACACAACCUAAUGAAAAUGUAAGUGCCAUUGCUCCGUCAUUUACUGGAAUUAAUGGUGCUGGCUUCUUGGCAAGUGCUGGCUUCUUGGAAAUUUGGAAAGUUUACAACAGAGCAAACAUUCAUGUGUAUGAAAUGGUAAUGCCAAAAUGGCGAUGGAAUUUUGUUGUCAGAAUCUCUAGCCCUCUGACUCACUACAUGAGAUACCAAAUAACGAAGAGGCCUUUAAAAUAUAUUAUAUGUAGGAUGAAGAUAAUACCCUGAGGAGAUUUUACUGCCAAAGAUUAGAAUUAACAUGCAUUUAUGCACAGUCACACCUGAUAAAAGGAUUCAGUCUUUUUGUUUACUUCACUUCUCAGGAUUUUCAUUGAUGGUAUAUGAUGUAAUCUUUUCCUCACCACAAACAGUGGAUCUAAAUAAAUAAAACUAUCCAGAUAUGUCAUAUCAUCAUAUCUGUUAUCACAGCGGUUUACAGUACGAUCAAUCAGUACUGGAUUAGAUGAAAGUCAUGGAGUCUAGAACAUCAGACUGAUUUAAUAUUUGAUUGAACAGUUGAGGCAAAGAUGCUGACAUUUACAAAUCAUCUACCUCAGUGUCAGUCAGUCAAUUCAAUAAAAGUUGUAUUAUAUUUUAAGAAGCAAGAUGCAUUGACCAAACAACUGAUAGGAAAAAAAAAAAGUUAUAUGAAGAGUUUUUUUUUUUUUUUCAAAUGUAAAAACAUUUAUUUUGUCACAUUUUACCUAUACAACAAACCCUUUUACAAAAGGUAAUACUUAAUAAAUUGCAGAAACAACAAAAUUAACAAAAAAAAAAAAAAAAGAUUAAUUGCAAUAUUUCAUAUAUUUUUAUAUAGUCAUAAAUUUAAUAUCCAAAAUACACUGCAUAUAUAAAAUAGCAAAAUUCCUUCAUAUCCGAGAGUGAUCCCUUAUAGAAAUGAGUUGGUGGGAAUUUUCAAUCAUCAUUUACAUUAAUGCUACAAAGUACACAAAGAGGGAAAUGCUUUCAUGGAACUAACACUGGUAUAACACUGUCCAAUCAAGUUUAGGCACACACAAAGUUUGGCUUUAAGGCAUUUGUCAUAACAAGGAUUGUUUUUUAGCACUUUGGAAAACCAUGAUUUAUGUAAAACUGCUUGUUUCUUAGCAUGUUUUGGUAAGGCAUUUGCUUUUAAGGAAUAAAAAUACAUAUCAAAAUAACUUUUUAUUGUCAUGGCAACGCACUAAGGACUUUAGAAAAAAAGCUUUUCUGAAAAAUACAAGAAAACAUUCAUAAACUUAUUCCCCAUAUGUACAGAUACAAAAUACCUACGUAGUAAAAACUACCUUCAGUAACUGAUUAAAAAAAAAGUUUUGACCGAGGUCAACUCGUAUUAACGUAUGAUUUUUAACACUGUCACAUAUGAAAAUAGCUCUGCAUAAUUUAUACAGUAAGAUGCUUUUAAUGCCUAGUUGACCCUUGAUCAAAAUAAUACUAGCAAAUAGGUCUGACAAACGCACAGCGUUCGCGAAUCUCUGGUUUCAACGUUUUGUUUUGCUGUUUUAACUGUUUACAGGUUUACUUAUAUGGUUUUUUUUUCUUCCUUUCAAAGAGGUACUUUGCAUGAUGCCCACAUUCAGUUGUUCAGCAAUCCAAUAAUCUAGUCAAGAGUUUUAAGACAUAGGAAUGUAUUUAAAUUGCAUAUGAACUAAAAUGACACUUGGCUUUAGAUUGGCUAUUUGAGAUUAAAUAAAAUAAAAUGUUCCUGGCCAAUGAGGGGGCCACAAACAAGAAUUGACCCCCAAAGCAGGUAAGUGAGCAUUAGUUUUCAGCAAGUUAAAGCUGCAUUAAAAAUGUAAGACAGGUUUGAAUUCAUCUAUCAUUUACAGAGCUUUCACAUCAACACCAUCUUGGUCAUCAGCACAGAGGAAUGCUAAAGGUGUUUAAGUAAGUUUAGCUUGAGCCAGCUAGCCUGAGAAGCUCCUUAUAAACAAUCAACCACCACAUCCUCCAGUUUGGAGAAUAAAUGACGGGUGAAUGCCAGCAUUUUUCCAGUUGCCAGAUUUGCUUUAGUGAGAAAAGUUUUAGGUACAACUUAAAAAGAUCAAUUUAUGUUUCCAAGGUGGGUUUAGACAAAAUCCAAGAGAAGGAUGGACUAGGUCCAAAAACAUAAACACUCAGUUCACAAUUGCAUCAACACACAGGGAGAGUUUACAGUGAUUCGUUUUUUUCUUUUUUUUUUUUUUUUUUUUACUUCGGUCAUUCACCGAUUUAAUAACUGUGGUCUUUAAUUUGUAGAAGGGGACUUUCGCCCAUCGGUGCAGCUUUUGGGUGUAGAAAGGCAUAAGGACAUUUUGAAACACA